UAUUAGGAGAGCAAAGAAAGUUUUUGAUCCGCCCUUUCCUCUCUCCCUUCGCAGCGAGCGCUUGCACAUCCCCCUUCUCAUUAGAACGCGCACAGCUAACUUUGGGCACAACCGCUGGCCAGUAGAUAAUACAGGAUAGUCUACCCGUCGCACAGUGACAGAACUGAGACGCAAGGUUGAAGAGGCCAUUUGAAAUCGGACCUUCAACAUCAUUCUCACUCUUGUUCGACUGCAGAGGACUGGGUACAAUUGUUAUCAACAAAUUCAAUUUUCAACAUUUGUUCUUGGGGGACUUUUAUGCAAAAUGAACCAAAAUAAUCUGAUGCUCUUUCAAUGUGUGCUCCUGUUGUGCCUGGGCACCUGUCUAAGCCAAAGGGACUGUACAAGCGUGGAUUGCCCAGUGUUGGACAACUGCAUUGAGGAGGUUUUGGAGAAGGGCGCUUGCUGUGCCACCUGUGUUAAAAUAGGAUGCUCAUGUGAAGGUUACCAGUACUAUGACUGCAUCCAUGCAGGAUUCCGGAAUGGUAAAGUUCCAGAGGGAGAAUCUUACUUUGUGGAUUUCGGAAGCACAGAAUGUUCUUGUCCACAGGGAGGCGGGAGGAUCGGGUGCCAUUUCAUCCCGUGUCCCGAGAUCCCUCCCAACUGCAUCGCUGUCGCGGAACCCACGGAUGGGUGUCCGCAGUGUGAGCGCAUUGGCUGUAUCCACAUUAACCAGAAAUACGAGGCAGGUCACUCCUUCCAGGUGGACCCUUGUCAGGUGUGUCACUGUCCUAAUGAUGGCGGGAGCCUGAUGUGUUCCCCUAUCCCUGACUGUGACUCUGGUAAUGUUAAGAAGCCCAUGAUAGCAACAACCACACAGAACAACGACCCUCAGAGAGACCUCAGCAAACUGCAUGAUAACAAACAGACAAGCCCGCUAGACCCAUUCCCCACCGCUAACACCUUACCUCUUUACAAAGAGGAGCCAUCUGUCCAGGAUGAAGAUGAGGAUUAUGACUACACACUGCCUGACCCCACAUUUACCACUCCACAAGACCUGGUCCAGCCAACAGAAUCUACCACGGUGUCACCAUCCUAUGCUGAGACAAGCUCUUCUCCUUAUGAGAUUUUUAAUGACCUGAGGCAGGAGCUGAGAGAGAGACUAGGAACAUACGAUCAGGAGCGAACAGAGGAGGCGGCCAUUACUGAGGAUCCACAUCACAUAGAUCAGACCACCUCAAGUGAGUCAACAACAUCAACAACUACACAGGAAGUGACCUCAGAGAGCCAAAGGCGUCAACAGGAGGUUGUUGACCGGGACAACAGGCAUCACAGAGACAGUGACAGAAUGAUGAAGAGUGACAGUUCGGAGGACGUCACACCAACUGUCCGUAGUGACAAGGGAGUGAGACACACUGGCCUCCACGAACAAAGAGACAGCCACAGCAGUCACCACCAUGAUAGCAGUCUUUUAUCCCAAAGUCAUGGAAGGCACCUUGAGGAGCACCUUGAGGAGCAGCGUGAGGAGCCCAGAACGCCCCAGAGUAAACCUGACCAGGAGUCUUCAUUCCCCACAGAGAAGUUCAGCCCGACCAGCAGAGCUCCUGUCACGAGGGAGGAGGGAGACCAGCUGGCCAGGAGACAGCCCCACACCCUCUUCAACUACCAGGGCCCAAACGAACAGCCUGGGAACACUGAGGUUUCUUCCAAGGAGUUGGUGGAGACCUGCUGUGAGACAGGGGAGAAGUGGGCCUCAGCUCAUGGCCACUGCAGCAACAUGGAGCUCCCCAGAGAGGACAGACACUCCAUCUGUCGGACGGCUCAGAGACAGUGCUGUCUGGGCUCUCUGAAGGAGAGUCGCUGUUUCUCUGGUAUGAAUGCAGCCAGAGAGGGAGUUGUGUGUGAGGUGGACAACAAUGACCAGUGUGGAGUCGACUCCUUCAAGGAGUGUUGUAGCUGCUGCUCUCUGGGGCUGAGGUUCCGUAGGGAGGGCCACCGCUGUGAGGCCCACCAGUACCUGGGCUACCCCUGCAGCCAUGUCUUCCUCACCUGCUGUGAGGGAGAGGAGGAGGUGGCGAGAGAGAAGGGGGAGGGAGAUGGCUUGCACACCCUCAGAGAGAGGCCUGUGCUUGACCCGACCACAGUGCCAAAGAGAGUGUCAGACAGUCCGUUCCCUAAAGAGGCCUUCUCCAUCGGGGAGGAGGAGGAGCAGGAGAGGGAGAACACGGUGGAGGGCCCUCCUGAGAUGGAGGAUGUAGAUGAGUGCCAGGUUUACCAGGGAACACUAUGCCACCACAGGUGUAUCAACACCCCUGGCUCCUUCAGGUGUGCCUGCUACCCUGGCUAUGUACUGCAGAAGGAGGCGGUCAGCUGUGUGCCAGAGACGGUGGAUGAAGAGAACAAGUUGAGAGAGGAUGACAGGCCAGAGGUUGAGGCUACCUCCACUACUCCAACCUCUGUUAACCCCUGUGAGGGAAAUGGCCUCUGUAUGCAACAGUGCUCCUCAGUGGCUGGUAGACCUGGCUGCUCAUGUUUCCCUGGAUUCUCUCUGAUGGCUGACGGACAAUCCUGUGAAGAUAUCAAUGAGUGUUUGAUGUCCACUCAUCCCUGUCAGAUGAAUGAGAGAUGUGUGAACACGGCUGGUAGUUUUGUGUGUCAGAUCACCUGUUCUCUGGGUUACCAGAUCAACAACGACGUCUGUGAAGAUGUUGAUGAGUGUUUUCAGGGGACUCAUAACUGUGGGCCAGGCUUUGAGUGUGUGAACAGUGAGGGCUCGUUCAGGUGUAAUGCCAAACCUCGCUGCUCCAUGGGCUUCACACAGGACACACAUGGAAACUGCAUUGACAUAGAUGAAUGUGGUGUCGUGGGCCAGCCCUGCAGUCCAGGCUUUAACUGUAUCAACACUGUGGGAUCCUACAGCUGCCAGAGGAAGAUCAUAAUGUGUAGCCGGGGUUACCAUGCCAGCCCAGACGGAGCCAGAUGCAUAGAUGUGGAUGAGUGUCAGAGCGCUCUUCACCGCUGUGGGGAGGGACAGAUCUGCCACAACCUGCCCGGCUCCUACCGCUGUGACUGCCAGACGGGCUACCAGUACGACAUGUUCAGGAAGACUUGUGUAGAUGUGAAUGAGUGUUGGCGCUACCCUGGCCGCCUUUGUGCCCAGACCUGUGAGAACACCCCGGGAUCCUAUCAGUGUUCCUGCACCGCUGGGUUCAGCUUAUCCAGGGAUGGCAAGAACUGUGAAGAUGUGAAUGAGUGUCUAACCAACCCCUGCAGUCAGGAGUGUGCCAACAUCUAUGGCUCCUACCAGUGUUACUGCAGACAGGGCUCCUACCUAAGGGAGGAUGGACACACCUGUGAAGACAUUGAUGAGUGUGCCCAGAGCAUUGGCCACCUGUGUUCCUUUAAGUGUGUCAACGUCCCAGGGAGCUACCAGUGUGCCUGUCCCGAGUACGGUUACACCAUGUCUCCCAACGGACGCUCCUGCAGAGACAUAGACGAGUGUACCAUCGGGGCCCAUAACUGUUCCUUGGCUGAGACCUGCUACAACAUCCAGGGAGGCUUUCGCUGUCUGUCCUUCAAUUGUCCACAGAACUACCGCAAAUCCUCUGACAUGCGCUGUGAACGACAGAGCUGCCCCAACUUGCUGGACUGUCAGAACUCUCCUCUCAGGAUCACCUACUACCACUUGAGCUUCCAGACCAACAUCGUCAUCCCUGCCCAGAUCUUCCGCAUCGGCCCUUCCCCCGCCUACUCCGGGGACAACGUCAUCAUCAGCAUCACCCAGGGCAACUUGGAGAACUACUUUAGCACGCGGAAGCUGAACGCCUACACUGGCGCGGUGUACAUGCACAGGCAGGUGCGUGAGCCACGGGACUUCCUGAUUGACGUGGAGAUGAAGCUGUGGAGACAGGGCACCUUCACUACGUUUCUGGCCCGGAUCUAUGUCUUCAUCACGACCAACUCACUCUAACAGACUGGCCCCCAGCCUCACCCUACUUCCACCCUCGUCCCACCCCCUCAAUGGACAGCCCAUCCUCUUCUAUCCCCCUAGCCCUACCCCUCAAUGGACAGCCCAUCCCCUUCUAUCCCCCUAGCCCUACCACUCAAUGGACAGCCCAUCCCCUUCUAUCCCCCUAGCUCUACCCCUCAAUGGACAGCCCAUCCCCUUCUAUCCCCUAGCCCUACCCCUCAAUGGACAGCCCAUCCCCUUCUAUCCCCCUAGCUCUACCCCUCAAUGGACAGCCCAUCCCCUUCUAUCCCCCUAGCCCUACCCCUCAAUGGACAGCCCAUCCCCUUUUAUCCCCCUAGCUCUACCCCUCAAUGGACAGCCCAUCCCCUUCUAUCCCCCUAGCUCUACCCCUCAAUGGACAGCCCAUCCCCUUCUAUCCCCCUAGCUCUACCCCUCAAUGGACAGCCCAUCCCCUUCUAUCCCCCUAGCUCUACCCCUCAAUGGACAGCCCAUCCCCUUCUAUCCCCUAGCCCUACCCCUCAAUGGACAGCCCAUCCCCUUCUAUCCCCCUAGCCCUACCCCUCAAUGGACAGCCCAUCCCCUUCUAUCCCCCUAGCUCUACCCCUCAAUGGACAGCCCAUCCCCUUCUAUAUAGAUCUAACACUAGUUUUUCCAGUGUAGAGAAAGGCUCUCUAACCCCAGUUAACCCAAUUCAGCUUAUCAACCAGCUAAUUAUUAGAAUCAGGUGUUCUUCGGGUUGGAAGGAAAACAUACAGGAUGGGAGCUCUCCCACUAAGACAGGUUGUGUCAGGGCCUCAAUCCAAAUUCUCUCUUUUCUAUCUCCCUUAAGCUGCUGUUCCUUUCUAUCCUCUUGAAGAAUGUUGUACCACUAUGCUAAUUUAAUAUCACAUGUAUUUGUACUUACUGUAUGUAUUAUUCAGACACAUUAGAUAUGACUGGAUGUAUCAUAUUUUGUUCCGCUAUUUUCAUAAGCUGCAAAUAAUUUUUAGUAAAAAUGAAAACUACACAAA